CGCUCCGCCGCCGUCCCGGCGUGCCCUGCGUUAGCCAGCGAGAAGGUGUUCGGUGACUCACCACCCGCCCUCUCGCGCUCUCUUUCCCUCUUCUCUCCCUCUCGCACUCACACACACCCGGCCCGAGAUGGCGGCGGCGGCGGGGGACUCGGAUUCCUGGGACGCGGACACGUUUUCGGUGGAGGAGCCGGUGCGGAAGGCGGGGGGCGCGGCCGGCGGGGACCGCUGGGAGGGCGAGGAUGAGGAUGACGACGUCAAGGAAAACUGGGAUGAUGAUGAUGAAGAAAAAAAAGAGGAGACAGAGGUAAAACCAGAAACGAAAGUUUCAGAAAAGAAGAAGAUAGCAGAGAAAAUCAAAGAGAAAGAACGGCAACAGAAAAAAAGACAAGAAGAAAUUAAGAAAAGGUUGGAAGAACCUGAAGAAUCUAAAGAGCUCACACCAGAAGAACAAUUAGCAGAUAAACUACGGCUAAAGAAAUUACAGGAAGAGGCAGACCUUGAAUUAGCAAAAGAAACCUUUGGUGUUAAUAACACAAUCUGUGGUAUAGAUGCCAUGAACCCCUCUUCAAGAGAUGACUUCACAGAGUUUGGCAAGUUAUUAAAAGAUAAAAUUACACAGUAUGAAAAAUCUCUAUAUUAUGCCAGUUUCUUGGAAGCAUUAGUUCGAGAUGUGUGUAUUUCAUUGGAAAUUGAUGACUUGAAAAAGAUUACCAAUUCAUUGACAGUGCUAUGCAGUGAAAAACAGAAACAAGAAAAACAAAGCAAAGCCAAAAAGAAGAAGAAAGGUGUGGUUCCUGGAGGGGGAUUAAAGGCUACAAUGAAAGAUGAUCUUGCAGACUAUGGUGGCUAUGAUGGAGGAUAUGUGCAAGACUUUGAAGACUUCAUGUGACAUUUCAUCUUCUCCCCAAUGUCUUCUGUUGCCCACAGUCCCUUCAACAUGUAGCACAACUUCCUUUCCUUUAAGUUCUGCCAAAUGCUACAAUCAAAAGUGCAGUAUCUUUGUGCUGGUUACUUAACCCCUUGACACUUAGGUGCUAAUGCAAUGGGGAACUUGGUUCUUGUUGCCAAGGGGUUAAAAUCGGGAAACUCGGUUGCUACUAAAUCACAGUAAAACAAAUCCUAAUAAUGUUGUCAUUGUUGCUAUCCGUUCCAGGGCAGCAGAGUCACUAAAUUGGAAACAAUAGUUGCAACAUGACAAAAAAAAAUGUAGUAUUUACCAGCACCAUUCAAUAAUACAGCCUUAACCAUACCUCCUUGAACUACUUCAUAUCUUGUCAACAAAAGCAGUUUGCAACAAGGGCAUGUGGGUGUGCACCUAGUAUUAAAAUUGCUUUGUCUUAAGGUAGAGCGUGAGGAUUUUAAAAAUACAUUGCAAAGACGACUGCUUAUUUCAGAGUAAGGAUACUGUGCCUCAAAUGGCUACUAGUUUUGACAUUUUAAAAAAUUAAAUGACCAAAAACUACCAACUUUGAAGCCGCAGAGGUAAUGUCUCCAUUUUUGCAUCUGACAAAAUCCAACUUGUGGUAUUUCGAGUGUAUAAACAGUCUAGUUUAUAUUUACCGGAAUAUUUCUACUGAUGCAGCUCUUAAGAGGGGGGAAAUUCUUGACCUGUUUUAUUUGCCUGAUUUAAAAUGUCUGAGAAACAAAAGUUCCUUUGUUCUCCUAGGCUGAAACAACAACUUUCACAGGGUUUUGGCAUUUCCUUUCCUUUACAAACAUGCUUAGCAAACUGCAACAGUUAACUACAGUUUGGUAAAUUGUUAUGUUAACAAUUAUGACAUCUGCAAUGUUUUAUAAAGCAACUAAUUUAAUAAAAUCACUAUUGUGAGGACUUCAUUUUGUGUGUGAGCUCUCAGGAAACACUUAAGUGUCCUGAUGCUGACUUGAUUUUUUGACCUAAGUUUACCUUUGAUUGAAAAAAAAAAGUAAAUCAAGUGGAGAGAAUGGAACAGAUUUCCCUCUGUAGUUACAGAAGCCCAACAAAGAUUGGUUUGCUGCUGCUUUAGGAGAGGGGCUUGUUGUUAAGGAGUCAUGCCAUUAAUAUGAUACUGAAACUAUAAAGCUGUGUGGUUGGUACCUAGUCCUAUUCUGACAUGUUGGAGAAUUCAAAUGCUUAAAUACUGUCUCUACUAUUUGUAAGUAGUACUCUUUUCACAGAGCCCUUAAAUUUGAAGCUCUCGACAGCUUUACAGGGAUGAUUUGUGUAUGAAAUGCCUAUGAACACUUAUGAUAGAAGCUUAAUUUCCACAUUUUUUCUACAGCCAUUGAAGCAAAGUGGUAUUGAAUUGAGUUUCACUGUGAUUAAUAGAUUUUUAGGAGGUUUUUGUAAAUGAGGGGUAAGACACAAAAGUUAUCUUUUCUGGGUUUUUCAAUGUCAUGGGGAUAGAAAGUAUAAGGAAGAACAUUUUUCAUACUUGGCCUGUUGCAGAAUGUGAUAGGAAGAGAUCACAAUAUCCCAGCCUCUAAGUCAAACCGUUUUUGUCAUGGAGCUCUUUGGUAGUCUGGUGAAAACCUAUGGUUUUCUCAGAACUUUUUAAAUAUCUAAAAAGGAAACUUGAAAUAAAUAAAUAGUUAUCAAAUAA